AUGUAUAUCCCUUCAUCGAAGGUGCUGGCCCGCUUGCAGCGACAUGCAGCAACGACGGAAAAGUUGAAGGCCGGCAACGUCAGUGCCAGCGGCGGUUCUGGACUCGCUGCAUCGCCCGUGGCAUUGCCUCCCGCGAGCAGCAGCAGCAGCAGCCCAUUCGACGUUCAUCCAAAAGCGGCGACCACGGAUACGCUUGCCGCGCUGUCGGCCUCAUCCACCAAAACGGAUGGGGCGGCAGUGCUCUUCGAGAGAUCCGCGACUGGGUCAAAGCUGUCUGGCGCCGCUGGCAGCUCUCCGUCUGCCCACUGCACCCCCUUCCCUUGCACUGGCAGCCCCACCUCGCACGAUUUUCAGAAGAGUGGGUCGGCGCCGUCGGACAGCGCCACCCAUGGCGCGGCUGCUGUCGCACACACCGCAGCCUCCGACGCCGCCAUGCCACCAUCACUAGCGCCAUCGGCAACGCCGCCGAGCACGUUCAAGUCGCCCGCAGCGUCCCCCAUCUUCUCGCCCCAUACGCCCGGCAGCAACACCAACAGCAGUCGCGCCGCUCUUGGGGUGCCCAUUUCCGUCGAGGCCUGUGGAGCAGCGUCGCAGGCGUUCUCUGCGCCAGCGGCAACGCCUUCAUCGCCAGCACCCCCACCGUCAGCGCCGUCGCCCCCAACAUCUGUGUGGCUUCUUCCCCGGGACGAUGUGACGUACAUCUUAUCAUCCCUGACGUGGAACGUGGACCUCCUGCUGUUGCUACUCCCACACGCGCCGUGCCCGCUGCAUCUGCCAGGCGCCGAACCUCCUGCGGAGACGCCAUCCCUCACAGCAGGGGAACUUGCCGCAUCGACGGCACUGGCUGCCGCCCCCGCAUCGACCGCGCUGCGUAGUAGCGGUAUGAGCGAAGAGGAAGCGAAGGUGGAAGCAGGGCAAGCGGGUUUGACCGUGAGGUGCGCUGCCAAGCGCAGCGGGGAGGGCGCGGCGACGGUGGGUGGGGCAUCUUCAGCGGGCACGCUGCAAGCUAAGGCCGAUAAGCGCGGCGACACGUCGAGCGUCGCGUCGAAGAUGCACACAAGCGCUGCAUACGCGCAGGAGGCAUACCAGACACGUGACAGCCCUGCGGCUGCCACGGAUGUCGUCACCAACCCGCGCUCUCUCUCACCGCUGCCGGCGUCGUCGUCGGCACUCACGACGAGCGUCGCGGUGUCCGGGACGUCAGGUGCUGCCUCCACCGCGCCGCUCACCUGGUCACAAUACCUGUUCCGUGGGGCUGGCGGCGGUGCCAGAGCCGUAGUGGGAAAUCCGCGUAACGGUGCGACUUCGGUGCUUGGCGAUGACGCCGCCCGAGCACAACAGCAGCCACAGCAGCUGUCGUCGCUUGUCCGUGAUCAGGCCCCGCCCCCGGCAUUCGUGCACGAGGUUAGCAGAGGUCUCCCACACAGUCAUAGCGACGGGGCGCUAGCGCGCGCACCGAACACCGCAUACGUAUCCUCCUCCAUCUUCCACGCGCAGUACCUCCCCUCGCUGGAGGAGUUCCAGCGCAAGUUGGAGGCGCACAAGCACCAGCAGCAGCUUCUCCUUCGCCAGCAGCAGCAGCAGCAACAGCAACAGCCACCGACCUUGUCAGCCACCCGCCUUCAGCAGCACCUCCAGCAGCAACGGCAGCAUCAACCCCAGCCCCACCAUUACCACCGCCGUCGUGUGGCGACGAACAAAACGUUCUUCUACUCGCCGACGCCGUCUGUCCUGUCCUUCACCACCACUGCCGCGACGACGACCGUCAACUCGACCGCCACCGAUGAGGAUUGCGAGGAAGAGAAGCAGCGCUGUCAGCUCUCGUGCAGCGCCGCAACGGCGACGUCACCGAGAAGCCCACUACGGCUGCUGACCGCACACCGCAGCCACGCAGCAGCCGUCUCGGGCAUGUGGUCAUCGUCGUUGCCGCCCUCGCCGCCGGCAUCCUCCUCCGCGUCGAAGGCGCACCGUCACCUCCAGCAAUCCAUGCGCCCCUGUACCUCCUCCUCCUCCUCCCUCGACAGCCUUGGCAACGGCGGUGGCGGCGACAGCGAUGACGAGGAGGACGGGGGCGGGAUCGGUGCUACCGCAGCGACCCCUUGGAUGUUGUACCCUACCCCUCACUCAUCGCGUCCGUCGCCCUCGCAGCCACAGCAGCCGUCGAGGGCGAUGCUGCGAGCCACCGAUCAGCCGUGCGGGUCCAUCAUGUCCGCUUCAGCACCAAGACAGUCGCCCCUGCUGCUGCACACCGGUGAUGGUUGCACCAGCCGCGACAGUAGAGGGAGCUCGCGCGCCACCGCGCGUGACGAUGACGACGACGGCGGUGACGAAGCGAAUGAAGAAUGGCCCUUGGGUCGUCGCGGCGCCAGCGGCAGCGGCGGCGUCCGACCAUCGAACUCGUUCCCGGCCUCGCCGACGGUCAGCAUCAGUUCCAUGUCCUUCAGUCGUCUGUGGUCGAGCACCUUGAGCGGACGCGCGACCCCGCGCAGUACCCUCGCCACCGGUGUCGGUAAUAGUGUGGCGAACCACAACUCGCACUUCAACGGCAGCAGCCUCGGCGGUGUCGGCUACGCCUCGCCGUAUUCGGUCGCCAAAGGUGGCAAGAACGCGCGCCGCAGACGGAAAGCAAUGUGCACGCGGCGGCGGCGUAUAAUGCGUGUCUACGUGCCCAGCAUCACGGAAGGACCAAAGGCGGCGAGUCUGUACACCGCACCGACCGCGGAGGCGCAGGAGCUGCUGCUGCAGCUGCAGCACCGCGCAGCGAUGUCGUUGUUUUCCGGCCCCACGGCGAGGUCCAUGGCAGGACACACCGCGACAACCACCGCCGUCUCCUCCGCGUUGUCCACUCCCAGAACGUACGCGAUGGCGGCUGGGGCACGCGUCUCCGCGUUGCCCGCAACGACAGCAUCGGCGACGUCCCCGGCUACUCCGCCGUGCGGUGCCGUCGCCUCUCCUCGCCCAAGCACGUUUGCAGAGGCGGCCCGCGCAAAGAGCGGGAGCGGGGGCGGCACCGCCGCCGGUGCGCUGACGCCAGCACAGGCACAGCACCAGCAGUGCGGCUUCCCAGCCCCCAGCGUCCUGUCCGCAAUGGAACCCCGAAAUCCCGGAGAAGCAGAGCAGACCCCGCACCUCUUGACGCUGCCGCAGUCGCUGCGAAGCCACAAAACCGCCACGGACCUGCUCAGUGCAUCGUGGUCAGGUGUGGCGGCAGCUCCACCAUCGCCAGCAGCCGCAGCACCGACACCAAGGUCCUUUACUUCUGCUGGGAGCAGCAGCGAUGGCGUACUUGGCGACUUCGGUGACGAGGUCGGCGGACCUGGUCGGGCUGAUGCUCCCAUGAGCACGGCGGCAGACACACCAGCAGUGGCGCAUCAUCGGCAGCUGAGUACACCGGCAUCCGCAGCCGGCUCCGUGGCGCCUGUGGAACUGCCGCAGUGGGUGCGGGAGCGGCCGCUGUCCGCCUUGUACUACCAGCCGUGGGGGCUGGAGCUGCUGGCGCGCUACGAGGCGUCGCGGCACGAGCAGCAACUGAUGCGAACACGAAUGCUUCGUCGCGUGGGGCCGGGUGUCGGCAGCAGCACUGCUACAGCGGUAGUUGCUGUAUCAGAGGUCGGUGUUGGCGGGAACAAGUCAAAUCCAGCAGCAUCGAUACACAGCAGCAGCGGCACGUCGCCGUACACGGCGUCGUUGCCGGCUGCAGCGACGGCAGCGCAGCAGCAUGUGCCUGUGCUCUCGCGCCCCUCUCUCGGUACGGGUCGUGGCGGCUGCACCAACACCGCAACUGCAGCAGCGGCAGGAGAAGCGCUACCAACGUCAUCCUCCAGCACCCCACGUGUUUCCUGGGCAGCGGUGCUUCGUCAACCACAGCGCGCGAGCCUCACCUCCGGCAGCAGCGGCGGGGUCGCCUCCACCGCGGCGACAGCGGCGGUGAACACAAUCACAGCAACAACAACCAUGAACAACAGCACGACAACGACCGCCACAGCGGCAGUCGUGGACCUGGUGCAGCGGCAGCUGCCAGCGGUCGUGCCUGAGUGGCCGCCAGAGCUGUCGGCUGCGGAGGAGAGGGAUGCCUGGGAGGAGGCGUACUACUUCGGCAGGGUCACCGCGGCGCCAUCAUCGUCACAGCAGCAGCAGCUCGAGACGCGUCGGUCUGCGACAAGGCCUCGCGAUCGUGGGGCGAGCGACACCAAGAAGGGUCACCCAGAAGGCAAGCAUGGGACGUCGACGACGGAUUUGGGAGGUCGUGUGGGCGGGUCCUCUGGUCAGGUGAAGGGCCUCGGCAACAACACUCUUGUGACGUGCUCGGCGGCGGCCUCGGCAGCGGUGCUUAAGCGGGAGCAGUGGUGGCGCAACGAGGAAAUACAGCCUCCGACGCUGUACCUGAGUCGGCAGCGGCGCUCGUCGCGUCGCCGCUCCCGGGUGGCGUACCCAAGCGACACGUUCCGCAGCAGCACUGCGCGCCGCGCCGGCGCCACCUCGGCUGCGGCGGAACUCUUUCGCAGUCACAGGAAUGCGCAUCCCACCCCGACCGUCGACGUGACCGCCGCAGCGCCGACUUGCGUGAAGGCAUUGGGAGAGGCGGUGUCGGUGUCAAGUACAGCGGCAGACUCAGCUGCCAGCAGCAGCCUCACCUUCGCCUCCUCCGUGACCCGAAGCGACGUGACCCUGUACAGCGACGGCCACCCGCGCAAGAAGGCCGCCCAAUUAUUCUACCCGGCGCCCUCCCUGCACGGGGUAGGGGCCCCGUUGCCAUCGCCUUUCACGAAGCUCGACCACCGCACCAGCGGUCAGGCGGCCGCCCUCCUGCCAGCGCCGGCGGCUGUGGGCACGGAUGCGAGGCGGCAAGGCGGUGACGUUGCCGGCGCACAGCACACGCAGGAGCACAUGGAGGUGGGCAACAGCGGCGCGGAGGAUGGGCCGGUAAAGGUCGAGACAAGUGCGGCACACCUGGAGGGCAACGCUGUCGAGCAGGUGGUAGACAACAGCGGCUGCGAUGGUGGCGAAGAGGCGGAUGCGGCUGGGUCGGAGCUACAAGGGCAUCCAUCGGCUUGGUCGUCGACUGGCCAUCCCCACCGUUCGAGUAGCGACCUCAUGAGUGGUGCGACGGACUCGACGCUGACCACUCUCGCCGCCACCUGCGCGCCAGCACCGGCAGCGACUCCACCGAUGGACGUGACUGCGCCGCGGCCACGCGCUGACGUAGACGUCAUUUUCUUCCUGCAGAAAUUCAUGCGCGCGGUGAUGAUCAUCUUCAUUGCACAGGUGCGCCUGCAGCAGCUGCAGCAACACCGGGAACGCGAACUGCAAGCGUACCCCCCGCACGGGGCGACGUGUCCUGCGGGGGCCCACCUGCUGGACCAGCAAGCGCCUGUUCAGCGGAUGAGAGCGAAGGACCUGGACGGUAGUCGCUCCAGCCGCGGUGACCCAGCAACGGAGGCGUCUGAUGGAUGUGGGCUGUCGAAGCUGGAGCGGAGCGCCUUGGGCUUUGUCCGCCACUACUUGGCGGACUAUCGGCGCAUGAUCACCGCGUACGUCAUGCGCGACGACCGCGAGGUGGCACGGCGCUCAGCGCAGGCCAUCCUGUCCCCUCCCCAAUCAGCCGCUUCGACUCUGUCGAUGAUGUCGCCGUCGGCUGUCGCUGCACCAGGCGCGACAGGCAGCGCAGCCAGCUCAGCCCCGGACCCCCUCUUCCAGCAAGAGGUUUUGGCACGGUGGCUGCAUGCGACUCGAGUGAAAACGGUGUACGAGGAAGCUGUUAGAGUGGCCACCGGCGGCUUUCCAGGCGACGCGGACGCGAACCCGGGCCCGGCGACGCCGGUCGACGACGUCGAAUCACUUCGCACGGCGCAAAUGUACAUCAGCGGCAAGGACGCUGCGUGGCAGCCGCUGCUGAUGGAGCUGCUGCAGGUGAGUCGCGUGGUGCAGUGCUUCAGCGAUGGCCCGGUUGUCGCGGCAACAGGCUCAGCGCCGUCAGCGUCUACAACGUCACCACAGCGGCUUCUGCUGGCGAGCCUGGAAAAGUUCUUGGCCCAGCCGACACUGCCGCUGCUUCGCCAUGGUGGAUCUGGCGCGUCCGCAACGGCGCAGGCGCCGGAAACGACCCCAGCAAACCCGGCCGCUCCCUCUACGGCCACAACCACCGCCGCAUCAGGCUCUCUUGCAUCCGACUUGCGCACGACGACGACGCCGUCGCUCACACCAGCGCAGGAGGAGGCGGCAGCGCUGAUGGUGGAGGAAAGUGACGCCUUUCGGGCCUACCUUCUAUCCGGGUAUCUGAGAGAGGACGCCGCCGCCGAUGGCAGCAGCGCGACAGCAAGCGCUGCCUUUGCCGCCAAGACAGCGACGACGGUGCUGCGUCACAGCCAGAGUGCGCCAACGCUGUCGGCCAGAGUAAUGCAGCAGUGGCAGCAUCCAUCGGUGUCCUCCGCAACCGUGAUGCCGCCCUCCACAGUGGCGCAUGCGAUGAGCAACCAUCCACAGUUCCAGCAGCCGCAGUCGUCGAGCCUGCUCUUCAACGCGGUCUCGCUGCUGCAACCCUUGACGUGGUACCCGUACGCUUACAUGCCAGGCACCGCGAACCCCUACGCCGAGAGCGCGGACUCCAACUCCACCCGCACAACACCGGCCCAGGCCGCCACUGCGUCCUCCAUGACGCUCUAUGUAACGAUGCUGCCGCUGAGCGGGCGGCUGCUGUGGCGGUGGGUGGUGCCGGCCGAGGACACGGACAACUUUAACCUCUCCGUGUUCUUCCAGUCGUCUCUGUUCUCCUUCAUGCAAGGCGGCCCAUUGCCGAUGCCGUCUGCCGCGCCUGAAUGGCCUGCCGCCAUCGGACCCGGCGCGGUGGGGUACGCGCCCACGCCGAUGGUGAUGCUGAUGGCACCAUCACCGUCACCGCACCCGUCGCUGACGUGGCCGCCAGCGCUGGCCGCUCGCAUCGACGCGCAGCUGCGCAACGACGCCUUCAGAAUAGCAUGGGGUGGGGUGUCACCGCCGUGCAUGUGCGGCACUGUGGCGGCAGCCGUCGGCAAGGACCGUCAACUCGGUUUGAGUUUAUGGGGCGAGAUGCCGGAGGUCACGCUCGUGCACUGCUCUGCUGGCAUGCACCGCUCAUGCGGCAUCUUGGUAGCGUUUCUUCUCUGGCUGCUCUAUCAGUGCCGGCAGAUACUCCACACGGAGCAGACUCUCGGUCUCGGGCCGCUGAGCUGCACGGGUGCCCCAGCACCACCGCUGCCUGCUGGCGCCGAAGCCGCCCACGACGCGGCUGUGAGAGCACUGCUACUUGACGACAUGGGCGCCCUCGCACCCGCACCCGCAGCAGCGUCAGUCGCGGACGGCGGGGAUGAGGAGGAGUCGCAGCAGCAGCGCACGAAGAACACCACCGCCGACGCCGACGCACCGUGGCUAACGAGUCACCUUCUUCGCCGCACCAUCCGCCACGUCCAGCAGCAACGCGGCAUCGCGGUGCCCAUCCGCACGGUGCAGUGCCUGCUGCAGUCCUUUGCGAAGGAGCUGCGGCUUAACUAG